CCUGGCUGUGUGUCUUGCUGUCUGUCUGGCUGCACUCUCUCUGUGGAAUAUGCUUCAUCAGUGAAAAAGAAAACCAAACUUUUCCAAAAUGCUGCGGGUCACGGUAGAGUCUGCCAAUGGAAUACCAAAAAGGAAACUUGGAAUUCCUGAUCCAAUUGUUGGGGUUUUAUUCAGAGGUGAAAAGAAGAAAACCAAAGCUAUUGACAAUGAACUGAAUCCUGUUUGGAAUGAGGUACUGGAAUUUGACCUUAAAAACUGUCCACUGGAUGCAUCGUCUUUUGUUGAUGUGGUGGUGAAAGACUUUGAAACGAUUGGAAAGGACAAGUUUAUUGGUUCUGCAAAGGUUUAUCUGAGAGAAUUGGCCAGUGGUCAAGUGAAGGCCCUCCCAUACAGGAAUGUGCCAUUGAUCAAUGAAAAACAACAGGCUAUUGGGACAACCAUAAAUUUGCUGGUUGCGUAUGAACCUCCUUCCCACGGUGCUCCAAAUAUGAAUGAGAACAUUGAUGGAGCCAUGUCAACAGUUGAUGAAGACCACACUGAGGAUGGAGAUGAAGGGGAUCCGGACGCUGAUGGAGGGACCGGGGGUACCACUCCGGGUGUAACCUCUUCAUCGCACCAGCCUGGGAAACCUAGCCACAAACCGGUGCGCUUCCACAGAAAGAGGCACAGGGCCCUGACCAAUAAACCUCAGGACUUCCAGAUCCGCGUUCGGAUUAUUGAGGCCCGACAGCUUCCUGGGAACAAUAUAAAGCCAGUGGUGAAAUUCAGUGUGUGUGGACAAACGCACAGGACCAGAAUCAGACGAGGAAACAACCCAUUCUUCGAUGAGAUGUUUUUCUACAACAUGAACAUGCUUCCCUCAGAGCUCUUUGACGAGAGCAUCAUUCUAAGGGUUUACGACUCCUGCUCCCUCAGAUCGGACAAUCUAAUGGGAGAAUUCAAGUUGGAUGUUGGCUACAUUUAUGAUGAACCUGGCCAUGCUGUGAUGAGAAAAUGGCUGCUGUUGAGUGAUCCGGAUGACCCCACAUCAGGGGCCAAAGGUUACCUCAAAGUCACCCUGAUUGUAGUAGCCACUGGAGAUGACCCACCGUCUGAGAAGAAGACAAGCGAAGAACAGGAUGACAUAGAAAGCAAUCUACUUGUUCCAGCUGGAGUUACUAUGAGAUGGGCCACGCUUACUCUAAAAGUUUUCCGCGCUGAAGAUAUGCCUCAAAUGGAUGACGCCUUCCUUCAGUCAAUGAAACAGGUUUUAGGAGGAGAUGGGGACAGGAAAAACUUAGUGGAUCCAUAUUUAGAAGUUAGUUUUGCCGGAAAGAAGAUAUGCACCAAAAUAAUAGAAAAAAAUGCAAACCCAGAGUGGAAUCAGCUUGUCAAUCUACAGGUGAAGUUUCCCUCUAUGUGUGAACGCAUCAAACUCACUAUAUAUGACUGGGACCGUGCAACCAGAGAUGAUGCCAUCGGAACAACAUUUUUAAAUCUGAGCAAAAUGUCUUCAUCUGGAGGAGAAGUUGAAGACUCAAACAGCUCCACUAUGUCUGAAUCUCAAUCUGAGGUUGGGUUUCUUCCUGUGUUUGGCCCCUGCUACGUCAACCUGUAUGGAAGCCCCCGGGAGUUCAGUGCUUUUGGUGACCCCUAUGAGGAGCUCAACUUUGGCAAGGGAGAAGGUGUGGCGUAUCGAGGCAGAGUCCUGGUGGAGCUGUCCACACAGCUGGAUACAAAGGCGGAGAAGGCUGUGGAGGACAUCUGCAGUGAUGACAUUCUGGUCGCUCAGAAAUACCAGCGUAGGAGACGGUUCUCUCUAUGUGCGGUCUUCCACAGCGCUUGCAUGCUCCAAGAACCCGGAGAGCCCAUUCAGUUUGAAGUGAGCAUUGGAAACUACGGCAACAAGUUGGACUCCACCUGCAAACCACUGGCCUCCACCACGCAGUACAGCUUUGCAGUUUUUGAUGGUAAUCACUACUAUUACCUUCCAUGGGCCGACACAAAGCCUGUGGUGAUCCUUACGUCAUACUGGGAGGACAUCAGCCACCGUCUAGCCUCAGUAAACCUGCUCCUCUACAUUGCAGACAGACUGGAGUCCCAUCUAACAUCUCUGAAGACGGCUGUCCUUGCUAAAGUACCGGAAACACGGCUGGCAGAGAUUUGGCUUAAAUUAAUUGACCAGUUGAUUGAUGAUCUUUGUGUCGAGUUACCCUUCAUGGAGGGACAGCCAAAUUUGACUGCAUUGGAUUUGCAGUUGAAAAGUUUGCGCAGCGCUGCUCUGGAGAACAUCAAGCAGGGUGCAGCUCACAUGAGGGAGGAGGCCACUGAUAUCAAGGCUACCAUCACUGAAAUAGAGGAUUGGUUGGACCGAAUCAAACAACUGGCAGAAGAGCCUCAGAAUAGCCUGCCUGAUGUCGUCAUAUGGAUGUUACGAGGAGAGAAGCGAGUGGCUUAUUCAAGGAUCCCAGCCAACCAGGUGCUGUUCUCCAGCUUCAGUGAACAAGCGUGCGGCAAAUACUGUGGAAGAACCCAGACUAUCUUCAUGCAGUACCCCAUGGAUAAAAACAAGGGGAUCAAAAUCCCAGUCCAAGUGCGUCUCAACAUGUGGCUCGGCCUGUCAGAGCAUGAGAAGAAGUUUAACAGCUACUCCGAGGGGAACUUCAGUGUCUAUGCUGAACUGUAUGAGAACCAAGCCAAGGUGAUUGGAAAAUGGGGAACCACGGGACUUGUUGGGCGCCAUAAAUUCUCGGAUGUGACGGGAAAAGUGAAACUCAAACAAGAGCGCUUCCUGCCACCUGUGGGAUGGGAGUGGGCCGACGACUGGUUUGUUGACCCAGAGCGAUGUUUACUGACAGAAGCGGACGCGGGGCACACAGAGUUUACGGAUGAAGUAUUUGAGAAUGAGACUCGUUUUCCUGGUGGAGAGUGGAAACCUGCUGCAGAGCCAUUCACUGAUGUGAAUGGAGAAAAAGCCCAAAGUUUCCGAGAGUUUGAGUGUCCCCCUGGAUGGGCCUGGGAAGACGAGUGGACCUUUGACACCAACAGAGCUGUUGAUGAGAAUGGUUGGGAAUACGGCGUUACCAUCCCUCCCGAUGACAAGCCCAAAUCCUGGGUUGCAGCCGAAAAGAUGUACCAUAUCCAUCGUCGGAGAAGACUUGUCCGGAGAAGAAAGAAGAUCUCAGAUAAAGUGGUGAUUGCAGAGAGGAGAGAUCCGGGGGAAGGAUGGGAAUACUCAUCACUGAUUGGCUGGAAGUUUCACAGGAAGGAACGAUCUGCUGAUAUUUUUCGCCGGCGCCGCUGGAGGAGGAAAAUGGUCCCAUCUGAUUGCAUAGGGGCCUCUGCCAUCUUUAAACUAGAGGGGGCGCUAGGAGUUGAUGUGGAAGAAAAGACCAGCAAAACUGAUGGUGCCAAGACCUUUGGUGCCAACACGCCCACAGUUUCCUGCCACUUUAAACGUUCCCACCGCUAUCAUCUGAGAGUGUACGUGUAUCAAGCCAGGAAUCUGUGUGCCAUGGAUAAAGAUAGCUUUUCUGAUCCCUAUGCACAUGUGUCGUUCCUCCAUGUGAGCAAGACUACAGAGGUGAUCAGAGCCACCCUAAACCCAACCUGGGACCAGACACUCAUCUUUGAAGAUAUUGAAAUCUAUGGAGAUCCCCAGACUGUCGCCCACAACCCCCCUGAUGUGGUCCUGGAAAUGUAUGAUAGUGACCAAGUGGGUAAAGAUGAGCCCAUGGGCCGCUGCACGUGCCCCCCGGUGGUGAAGCUGAACCCAGCUGUGGCUGUGGCUCCAAAGCUGCUGUGGUUCCCAGUGGUGAAGAAGGGACGUGGUGCUGGGGAGGUCCUGGUGGCUGCAGAGCUCAUACUCAAAGACACGGCAAAUGACAGCAAUAUGCCCCUGGUCCCUGCUCGUCGAGGGGAGUCGCUCUACAUGGUUCCACAAGGGAUCAGGCCUGUGGUCCAACUCACCGCUAUUGAGGUGUUGACUUGGGGCUUGAGGAACAUGAAGACUUACCAGCUGGCCACAGUCUCCUCUCCCAGUCUGGUAGUGGAAUGCGGUGGUGAAAUUGUACAAACUGCUGUCAUCAAGAACUUCAAGAAGAACCCAAACUUUCCUGGUUCAGUGUUGAUGCUAAAAGUGCUCCUACCCAAAGAGGACAUGUACACUCCUCCGAUUGUGCUGAAAGUCAUAGACCACCGUCCGUUUGGCAGAAAACCAGUGGUGGGUCAGUGCACCAUCGACUGCCUGGAGGACUUCCGCUGUGACCCGUACCACGUAAACAACGAGGUCAUGUCUGCUCGAGUGGAAAUGAUAGCUGCAUCACGUGGGGAUGUUUUCAUUAACAUUGAAGAGAGACCUAUGGUGAAAACUGAGCUUCAAAAAGAACAGGAGGAGGAGACAGUGGACUGGUGGAGUAAGUUCUUUGCCUCAGUUGGACAGCAAGAAAAAUGUGGGCCCUAUCUUAAGAAAGGAUAUGAUUCUCUACAGGUAUAUGAUCGUGAGCUGGAGGAAGUGGCCGAGUUUCAGAACCUCACAGAUUUCUGCUGCACGUACAAACUGCAGCGUGGGAAGACUGAUGAUGAGGAGGAGGAUCCAUCUGUGGUUGGAGAGUUCAAGGGCUCCUUCAAGAUCUAUCCUCUCCCUGAUGACCCUGGGGUGCCCUAUCCUCCUCGUCAGUUUCGAGAGCUCCCUGAAAGUGCUCCUCAAGAGUGUCUGGUCAGAAUCUAUGUGGUCCGCUGCAUCAGUCUACAGCCCAAAGACACUAAUGGCAUGUGUGAUCCAUACCUAAAAAUAAGUUUGGGCAGGAAAACGGUGGAUGACAGAGAUCACUACAAACCAAAUACACUUAAUCCUGAGUUUGGGAGGAUGAUCGAGAUGUCCUGCUUCCUGCCUCAAGAUAAGGACCUGAAGAUUUCUGUUUAUGACUACGACUUACUGAGCAGAGAUGAAAAAGUCGGUGAAACGAUUAUUGAUUUAGAAAACCGACUUCUGUCACGGUUUAGGCCUUCCUGUGGUCUGCCAGAAACCUACUGUAUCUCAGGGAUCAAUCAGUGGAGAGACCAGCUGAAACCAUCUCAUAUUCUCCAGAAUGUGGCGAAGAUAAGAGGGGUGACUGCUCCCACUGUAGAGGCAAAUGGGACCACAAUGAUCUUUGAUGGAAAACAAUACAGUCUACAAGAGUUUGAAGCCAACACUGUCAUCCAUUCUCAUCUGGGGCCACCAAGAGAAAGACUGGCCCUUCAUGUGCUCAGAAAACAAGGCUUAGUACCAGAGCAUGUGGAAACUAGGACCCUGUACAGCACUCACCAACCCAACCUCCCCCAGGGACAAAUACAGAUGUGGGUUGACAUAUUUCCUAAAAGCCUUGGAUUACCGGGGCCUCCUUUUGAUAUCAGCCCACGAAAAGCCAAAAAAUAUUGCUUGCGUGCCGUAAUUUGGAACACUACAGACGUCAUUCUGGAUGAAACUAGCAUCACGGGAGAGAACAUGAGUGACAUCUAUGUUAAAGGUUGGAUGCCAGGAAUGGAGGACGACAAACAGAAGACAGACGUCCACUAUAGGUCGCUGGACGGUGAUGGCAAUUUUAACUGGAGGUUCGUGUUUGGAUUUGAUUACCUCCCUGCAGAACAACUGUGUGUGGUGUCAAGAAAAGAGCACUUUUGGAAUCUUGACAAAACGGAAUUCAGAACCCCACCGAAAUUCACCGUUCAGAUUUGGGAUAAUGACAAAUUCUCUCUGGAUGACUACUUAGGUUCUGUUGAGUUGGAUCUCCUGAACCUCAUCCCACCGUCCAAAACUCCAGAAAAGUGCAGCCUUCGGAUGUUGCCUGGAGGAAAGGCUACUUCUGGUCCCUUCACUCCCACAGCAAACUCUCUUUUCUCCCAGAGAUCUGUGCGCGGCUGGUGGCCCUGUGCCAUCGAGCAGGAUGGAGAACGUACACUUGGAGGCAAAGUAGAGAUGACUUUGGAGAUAGUUGAAGAGAAGGAAAUGGAGGAAAGACCAGCUGGGAAAGGCAGAGAUGAGCCCAACAUGAAUCCUAGACUGGACCCACCCAAUCGUCCAGACACAUCCUUCUUCUGGUUUACCAGCCCUUGUAAGACCAUGAAGUUUAUAGUGUGGCGACGUUUCAAAUGGGUUUUCAUCAUAGGAAUUAUUCUUCUGCUGGUGAUCUUAUUCCUAGGGAUCCUGUUCUACUCACUGCCUAAUUACAUCUCCAUGAAGAUUGUAAAACCUUUCUCCUAAAAA